AUGCUCCAGAAAACCCAUGUUCAUUGCCUGUUGUUGUCCACCCAGCUCCUGAGAUCGUUUCCGAGUCUGAUACAACGCCCUCAGGCUACAAUGGAGGAAGAACCGCAGAGUCUGCAGGCUCUCUUCGCUUCUGCCAAGGCUCAAAAAAAGGCCGUGGAAACUGUUCCCAUCAACGAUCCUACUCUCACUGAUCGGUUCAAUUCGGCGGUCCACGCGUUCGAAGCUUGUCAGAAACAGAUCUCUAAGUUUUCGAUAUUUAGUUCAAACGAGUCCUUGGAGGAUAUUGCUACCGCUGACUUACAAUACGCGACUGUUGAUUACCUAUUUGCGGAAUUGCUGCAACGAUCGCAGGGUCCAGACCGUUUGAAGAACAUACAGCGCCUUCGUGAGGAAUACGAACAGUUUCUAAGAUUGUUAGAUCAAUAUGGAAUCCUGUCUACAACGGAUAAGGAGCUCUACGAGCGAUACCUUGAGUCACCAGACUCAUUUAGUCUUGCUCCUCCAAAUGAUGCCGCUGCUCGGAGGCAAGUCAAAAUCAACCGUUUCCGGGAUGAGAAGGAGUUAAAACAAAAACUUGAGCAUCUUUCCAGAAGCCAGCAGUCAAUAGAAAAUGAUGAUGAGAUUGCGCGGCAAUUAUACUUGGCAGAAGUCAACCUCUAUACACAUCAGACUUUUCAAUCUUUGGACAUGUUAUCGCAAGAAGUAUCCAUGCUGAAGCUUGCACUCAAGAACGCUUUGGACCAGUCACCUCAGCCUCCUCCGGAUGCCAGAAGGCGCGACGCACACGACACGUCAGGGUAUUCCGAUCGGCUUGACCUAGGGCUUUCUUCAAGGGGCCGUGGACAGGGGCCUCUUUUGAGAAAAAACGGUGUGCCGCUCCAACCUUUUGUGCUCACAAGCCGAAGAGCAGAGUUUCAAAAAGGGGUUUUCCGGCCUGGACAUAAUUUACCAACGAUGACUAUUGAGGAUUAUCUAGAGGAAGAACGGAGAAGAGGCGGAAUCAUCGAAGGCGGAGGUGAACAAUCUGGGGUCCCGAAAGAAAUCGAUGAGGAUGAUCUUGAGAAAGCGGACGAAGAGACUAUGAAAGCACGAGCAUGGGACGAAUUCAAGGAGGAAAACCCAAAAGGUUCCGGUAACACCUUGAAUAGAGGCUAA